UAAACCACCACCACCAGUAACAAAGGGCUAACAACAACAACAACAACGACAAGGAAUAAAAUCGAAAAAGCAGCAACAGUUGAGGUCGGAAGCGGCGAGAAGAGGAAGAAGAGAAGAUGUCAUUGACGAAAAAAGAUCCAUCGCUGCGGGUUGCCGCCUCUGAUCCACACUUGGUUAGUCUGGGCGGUGGUCGUUUGAGUACAGCAGUUACCCUACACAAUAUACAUAUUGGUGACACAACAAUUGGGUCAUCGCCCACGUGUACAAUCUCAUUGAAUGGCGGUGGAGUGCGUCCAUUACACUGUACCAUCUAUAGAAGCGAUGCGAAUGAGGUAACUGUGGUGCCCGAGAAGGAUGCCCGUUUAUUGAUCGAUGGAUCUGCCAUACAGGGAGAUGAGGCGAAACUAAGUCAAGGAGCAAUGAUAACCAUUGGAAAUUCGAAUUAUUUACGCUUCAAUAAUCCAGAUGAGGCGCAAAUGAUGCGCUCGGCGAUGGGCUCGAAUGAGAGAAUAUCGAUGGCACAUAUAGAUUUCACCCAAUCCGCGCGACAGGCACAUGAUAUGAGCCAAACUCUGGAUAUGGAGAGUUUCUAUGAAAGUAUUAUCAAUCCCAAAGUUGCCAAUAAUGGUGGAGUUAGUGGCAAUGGUGGAAAAUCGUAUGAUUUGGAAUGUCCCAAGGUGUUUAGCUCGGAUUUGGUUACCGUCAAUAUGCCAGCUAAAGAUGUUUUGGGUCAGAAAUAUGCCAGUUUUGCGCGAAAUCUGGCCGAGAAUCAUCGCAGUGAGAAACAAUCAAAUAAUCAAUAUUUAAAAGGACCCGGUGUGGGUCAUAAUUCAGGCUAUUGUAAUGUGCCUGUCAAUGCGGCCAUCUACAAGGAUCACAAUAAUCAUCAACAACAACAGCAGCAGCAACAGCAGCAGGAUAUACUAUUGACCAAGGUACAAAAUGAUCGAUAUGAUCGUUAUCCACCCAAAUCGAGUGGCCUACAAAUUUAUGCCAUGAAUGGUCUAAAUAAUGAGAUCAAUAAUCCUAUUAACGCCGGUGGCGCUGGUGGUGGUGGUGGUGGUGGAGCUGAACUGGAGGAUAUGCUUAAAAUAUGCACUGAAUAUGCUGAUCGCCAGCAUCAACAACAACAACAACAGCAGCAGCAACAACAACAACAACAACAACAACAACAACAACACCAGCAACAGCAACAUAAUCACAAUUCGUCGAAUUCAUCAACAGGUUGCUUAAGCAUCACCUCCUCGCCCAUUGUUCAGAAUCGCAUCAAGACGAAUGGUUCGCUGCCAAGAGAUAAGAAAUCAACAUUUCAUCAGCUAAGUGGCAGCAAUACCAAUCUUUCAAUGCUCAGCAGUUCAUCGGGCUAUGAGAAUGUAAGGCUCUUGGGACCCAAUCGUGUGGAAAUAAAUGGGCAACUUCAUGUGGCUGCUGCUGCUGCAAAUACUUCAGCUGUAAGUCAUGAAAAUCUGACAGCAACAACAUCAACAAUAACAACAACAACAACGGGAGGAAAAUAUGUACCACAAAGUCCACGUACAAAAAUACGUACAAAUUGUCUAUCACCGAAAAAGGAGCUAUCGUUUGGGCAAGCCUUCAAUAUGACACCACCCCUAGGCUCCACGGCAUCCUCCUCGUCCAAUAAUCCUACACCAGCAGCUGUGGUGAAGCCACCAUUGGCCCCCAAACCACCGGCACCCAAUCAACAACGCGACUAUGAGCAACUUUUCAAAUCCUUUGAACGGAAACAACAACAAUUGGAUCGUCUAACAUCGCCGCCGAUGACAAAUCAAAGCAAACGACCCAAUAAGAAUAUAAAUAAUUUAACAUUAAAUUUAGAUACUAAUAAUUCAUCGCCGAAGCCAAGUCGUAAGCCAGCACCAGCGCCGCGUUCCAUUCACCUGGAGCAGCGUCAGCGACGUGAGUUAAGCCAAAGACGACAACAACUCAAGCAAGAGUUGGCCGAAUUGUCCGCCUUACAGGAGAAUAAGCAAGAGAUCACGUCAAUUGAGCCAAGUGGUGGCCAAAUGGUGGCGCCACCCAGACAACAAUUGCUGGCUCUGCAGCAUAGAAUACACCGUUUGGAGGCUCAACGGAAUGCCACACGAGUGAUGGAGGAAAAUCAGCAGGCAAAGUUAAAGCAAUCGAUCGAAAUGAAACAGGAUCAAUUGAAAAAGCUACGCGCCAUGUUGAAGCAAAAACCAAAUAAUGCCUGCCUUAAGGAGGAACUGCAAUUGGUCUAUGAAUCUCUGGAAAGUGAUCGAAAAACCUUUGAGGACUUGGAAUUUCAAUAUUUUGAAGAGGAAUCUGAACAUCAUGCCAGCCAUGAGGAUUUAAAGCGACAAGAGAAACGUUUGACUCUAGAAGCCGAAUUGGCCGCAUUGCGCAUACAAUUAGGACCAGAUGAAGAGGAGGAGCAGCAGCAGCAGCAGCAGCAGCAGCCGCCUCCAGCAGUUGCCUUGGAAACGGCAUUAGCAGACAAGCUAUCAAAUAAUCUACACAAUAAUCAUCAUCAGCAUCAUCAUCAACAACUUCAUUAUUCAGCAACACCUCCUCCUCCUCCUUCUGUUCCUGUUCCUGUUCCUGUUCCUGCUCCUGCUAUUAAUAGCAAUUUAAUCAAUGGCGUCAUGUCGCAAUCACUUUUUGGCUCUGCUGAAUUACUUUGCCCUAAACGGCAUAAUCAAGCCGAGGAUUUAAUGUCCAAAAGUGUCAAUGAGAAUAUGUUUUAUAAUAACAAUAAGAUCGAAGUAACCACAAGCACACCCAAACGUCUGCCCCUUCAAUUGUAUGAGGCCGGCGGCAGUUGUGAGCAGAUAAGUUUCAAUUUAUCGCUGCAAAGCGAUAGAUUCGAAGUGAAUCCAUUGGAACGUCGUGUGCCAUCACAGGAUGACAUCGAUCGUAGCUGCAAAGUGGCCAAUGAUGCACCCAUAUCAACCAGUCAGGGAGCCAGCACUAAGAUAUUCGAUAGCAUUAAGGAAAUUGAAAGAAAUCGCAAACUCUUGCUGGCUCAGCAGGGUCAUCAGGUCAUUGAGCAUGAACGUCAGAAGAUGUACGAUCUGAAAAAGAAGAGUCAUGACGAAGCCCGCACACAAUAUUUGCUCUCCACCCAACAUUCCAUGGAAGAUCUGGACUUGAACCAGCAUACAGACGACAAUGGGGGCAAGGAUGCCAAGUUAUUUGAGAAAACCGAAUUGCAAAAACUAAAUCGAAAUGAAUCAGAUGAACAGCAGAAAAAACAACAAUCAAACGAUAAGGAAAAUGUACAACAACAACAGCAGCAACACAAGAAAAGCGGCAGCAAUGCCAUAACAACGUCAACCAGUCAACAGCAACGCCAUUCGCAACCCGAACUAGAGCAUCAUGCCGUUGCGAUGGGAGUUGGCACUACCGGAGGAUUGGUUAACCCAGCACGCAGCCCGCGUCCGCUUUCCGAGGCCAACAAUUGUGAUGCCGCAAUUGAGGGGCCCAAAUUCGAUUCAGCCUCAUCUGCAUCACCCAUAUCGGAGAAUAACAAACGUUCAAGCAGUCAAAGCUAUAACCAGGACACUGCAUCGGCGGGCAGUGGAGGAAGUGCUGCAAGCAGCAGCGGUGGCAAUACUGGCGGAAGUGGUGGAAGCAUCACAACCAGCGAAAGGAAACGCUCCGCUUUGCCCAAGCAUCAGCGCCCGUUGACACGUUACCUGCCCAUAUUCUCGCCGGAUUUGAAUUUGCGUCAUCAUAUCGAGACAGCUGGUCAUCAAAUUGAUCUCUGUCCUCAUGUUUUUGUUGAUGCGCACAGUUGUCGCGGCUAUCUUCAUAAAUUGGGAGCUACAUUUCAUGCUUGGUCACGACGUUGGUUUGUCUUGGAUAGACAACGAAGUGCUUUGAUCUAUUAUUCGGAUAAAUCAGAGAGAAAGCCACGCGGAGGAGCCUAUUUUGCGACCAUAGACGAAGUCUAUUUGGAUCAUUUGAAUGCCUCGAAAAGUGGUCGGCCACAUUGCACAUUCAUUGUGAAAACAAAGAAGCGUAGCUAUAAUCUACAGGCAGCUUCCGAUUCGGCGGCACGUAUUUGGAUAGAUGCCAUUAUAACCGGAGCCCAGGGUAAUCUGGACUAUUAAAUCCAGACGGAGACAAGUUUAAAGAGUUUGAAAGAACUUUUGCAACUACUGUUACUAUAUACAUAUACGACUACUACUUCCCCAGUGUAACUAUAAGCUCAAUUUUAAACAAUAAGGACUACAAACAUGCAUACGCAUAUAUAUAUGUACAUCCUAGGUUCAUCCUACAAAACGUUUAUAUACUUUCUUUUGAAACUAACGAAAUCCGAGAUUUCAAUACUGGACCAAAGUCAAAGAAACUGUAUUUUUCUUUUGUUUUUUUUUUUUUGAUUUUAAUAUUUGUCAUAAUAUUAGUUAAGAUUUCGUUAAAUGUUUAAGUAUAUAAAUAUGUAUUAUACUAACACAGCCAUUUUAUCACCUAAUCGUACAGAUACCAUGAUACUAUAUAAUCAAUAUAACUUGAUUUAAAUACAUCAACUAUUUUAUUGUAAUAACCAAAUGAACCUAUAACAUAUUUGAAGUUUUUAUGUGAAUUUACUUUAUUACUACGGUUUAUCUAUAUAUAAAUAUAUAUAUAUAUACAUUAAUGUAUUUUGAUAAAUGUUUAAACAAUUGCGAUUGGAUAUAAAACAAAUGCGCAAUUCGCAAUCAUGAAACACA